AUGGAAAGCUACAAUCGCAGCCGGAAGCAACCGGCGCCGGUUAUACCUCGCUCCCCGGCGGCCUCGCCUCGAUUACUAAGAAGCAGAAGCGGAGGAAAUUCGUCAACGGCAACGCCGCCGUAUUCCUCAGAGACCGGAUCCAAGUUCGUCGGUCGUUCAAAUUCAACCACAAUUUUGAGAAGCUACGAAAAUAAUGUUAGCGCGAUUGCUCAAAAACAUAAUAAGAAAUCUCAAAAGGAUAAUCAUCGUAGCAGCAUGAAAUCGUCCAUGUCUCCUUCGGCGUGGGCGUUGUCGCCGGGGCGAUCUUUGCCUAGCUCGCCGGCAAUGGCGGUUCCGAAUUCUCCGCGCUCCAGGAGCUUCAAGAUGGACGCGAGUGCAGUGAGCGGAGUUUUGAAGUACUUCAAGCAGAAAAAGGUGUCCCCUGUGCAACAAGAAGAGUACCAUCAGUUCCGAAUCAUGCACAACAGAUUCCUGCAGUGGAGAUUGGCCAAUGCCAGAGCUAUGGCUUCUAUCCCUAACAUCAAGUCUGCUGCUCAGAAUAAAUUGUUCAAUGUUUGGUUAAGAAUCUGGACAAUGAGGAAAUUCAUGGCAGAGAAACGGAUCAAAAUACAGCAAUUAAAGCACGAGAUCAAACUGAACAGGAUAUUCAACUCACAAAGAGGAUUGCUCAAAGAUUGGGCAAAACUAGAGGCUAAAAAUUCUGAGGCUGUUGGCAGGGUGGCAAGAAAGUUGUCAGCAAUCUCUAUUUGCCUACCUCUUGUGGAUGAAGCUCAGGCAGAUGUGGUGUCAGUGAAGGAUGCUAUUGUCAAAGCAGAAGGAAUGGUGGGCAACAUAGAAGAAUUGAUCAUGAAAAUGCAAUGGCAGGUUGAGCAAUCUUGUUUUCUACUAACACAACUUAUACCCAUCCUAAAGCAGGAGAAAGUGUACUUUGAGGAGCUACAUAACAAAAUUACAGCGGUUAUUUCAAACGAGGUAGAAGAGGAAAGCUUAAGAGUACAUCAUAUCCAACAAAUUUGGGAGUUGAGAAGAGGUUAA